UUGACACACACAACACUGAAGCGGUCACGGCAGCUGUGGGAACUCCAAUGUGAUGAGAGGGACAAACCCCAGCGUGGAGUCGACGUGCAGACCAGAGAUGAUCCGUUUGAAGGGGAACCUGCUGCCCUGUGAGUCCGUCUGUCUGACAGGUCUAGCUGUUGUUCUCGUCCUGCUUUCUGUAACUGGUGAAUCCAGUUGUAAAACAUCCCCCCGAUCAUCUUUACCAUCAGAGGAGAACACAGGUGGAGAAACCAAACCAGCACCUCCCAUCUACAGGCAACCAAGACUUUCCUUCACCAACAACCUACUCGCUCCAAUCAGACAAAACCCAAAGUGUCCCUUUGGCAACAAAUCAAAGCUUCCCUUCAUCAGCAAACAGAAAGUUCCCAACAGGAACAAACCAACAGUUUCAACCAGCAACAAACUAAACUUCUCCAUAGGUGACAAAACAAAGUGUCGCUUGAAACUUAACUCGAUUAUUUCCACCAACAACAACCUGAAAGUACCAAAAAUCAAAAAACUAAAGUCUCCCUUCAGAUACUCUCGGAGAGCGCCAUGUAACAAGAAGCCAAACAUUUCAAAAGUUCCCAUCAGAAAACAAACAAAGUGUGCCAUCAGCAAGAAAACAACAAGUCUCUUUGGCAAAAACUCUGAAGUACCUGCCAGGAAAAAAUCAAAGUGUCUUUACAGCAACAAACAAAAGGUUCCUGUUAAGAAAAAGACCAAAUGUACCAUCAGCAAAAAGCCCACAGUUGCUAGCAGCAACAAACCUAAACUCUCAUUAUAUCCCAUCAAGAAAACCUCAAAAUAUCCCGUCAGCAACAAGCGGACAUUAACCAUCAGCAUCAAACCAAGGUGUGGUUUAAGGACCAACCCAAAAGUCAGAGAGAAAACAAAAUGUCCUAUGAGCAACAACCCAUUAGUUACCAUCAGCCGUAAACCAAAUGGUCUUAAAGUACCUGCCAGGACAAAACCAAAGUGUCCUUUCAGCAAAAACCUAAAAGUUCCUGUGAAAAAACAAAACAAACGUCCCAUCAGCAAUAAACCAAGUAGUCUCUCGGACAGCCAAAAAGUUCCAGUCAGAAAGAGAACAAAAUGUCCAAUAAGCAACAACCCAAAAGUACCAGCCAGGGAAAAAUCUAAGUGUCCUUUCAGCAGAAACCCAAAAGUUCCCAUCAGCAACAACAAACUGCGAGGCUUAAACAAACAACCGAGGUUCCCUAUCAGCAAUAUUUCAAAGUGUCAAUUAAAAACCAAAAAAAUUGUUUCCUCCAGCAAGAAACCAAAUGUUUCUUUUGGCAACAAACCAAAGAUGCCGAAUACGAAUGAUUUUAGGGUUAAAAUCCGAUUCAGGCUACGCUUUUUUAUCAGCUUCAGACCCAGAAUGUGUCUCUGCAGAGGAUCAGCGUUUCACUCAAGAUUCCCAUUCCUCUUCAAACCACCUCCUCCUCAGAACACACCGAGUGUUUCCUCUAAGUUUGAAAGUGUGAUCUGCGAGGGAAGAUUGGGCCAGUUUGCAUGCCCUGAUGGGCAAAGGAUCCAAAUAGAGUCGGCUGUCUAUGGGCGUCAGAAUGAACGCAUGUGUUGGACCUACAACAUAUACAGGAAAAAUCAAAACACCAACUGCAGGCGGGAUGUCACUGCAAUCCUGCGUAAUAUGUGUGACCAUAAGACCCUGUGUUACAUCUACGUGGACAACAAAGAGAUGGGAGGAGAUCCGUGUCCACGCACCUACAAAUACGUGCAGUUCACCGCCAGCUGUGUGUAACAGAUCCACCGAGCGGCCCUGACAUGGAGCUCAAACUGACUUUGAAACCAUCGGCCUACUUUGUCCAUCUCCAGUUUGAAUCAAGUUUGUUUUCCUCGACAGCGCUGAUCAACAGAGUGAUGUGCAGUUUGCAAGACAGUAAUGAUAAAUAUUGAGUCAGAGCUGGAAGAUAUACGGAUCGGUUUCAUCACAGUCA